AACGAUGUCGCGGCACUUUUUGGUUCACUCAAAAACUCAAAUCAUGUCUGGGUCCGGUCAUUCCGGUGACGAAUGAGGACCUGAAAUCUAACGAACCGAAUCCAUCCAGAGAUGGUUGUUCUGCAAGCAGGCUAUUACGGUGCUUCGAUUUCAUUCUCGUUUCCCGAACUAGCGAUUAUAUCCCCAAGACCCAAACUUCCUCCUCCUGAAGCAGUAAUUGGUUGUCAGUCGCUCGCUCUCUCUUCUGUGCAGUUGCGUCGACUCAGAGUCGCACCAAUAUCGUCUACAAUGGCCUCCAGGAGUACUACGCAAGAAGUUCUUCCACCAGCUCUGGAUUCUACUUCAGACCCGCCUCCAAUCUUUGAUGGAACGACAAGGUUGUAUAUAUCAUACACCUGCCCGUAUGCACAGCGCGUGUGGAUUACCCGAAACUGCAAGGGAUUGCAAGACAAGAUAAAAUUGAUUCCUAUUGAUCUACAAAACAGGCCUGCUUGGUACAAGGAGAAAGUCUACCCAGCCAACAAGGUUCCAGCAUUGGAACAUAACAAUGAAGUAAAGGGAGAGAGUCUUGAUCUGAUUAAAUAUAUUGACAGUCACUUUGAAGGGCCUUCUCUCUUCAUUGAUGAUCCUGUGAAGCAAGAUUUUGCAGAAGAGUUGCUAUCUUACACUGACUCAUUCAGAAAAGAUGUGUAUUCUUCGAUCAAGGGAAAUGUAUAUGAAGCUGGUGCUGCAUUUGAUUACAUUGAAAAAGCUCUAUCCAAAUUUGACGAUGGACCUUUUUUGCUCGGCCAAUUCAGUCUUGUUGAUAUAGCUUAUAUUCCCUUCAUUGAGAGAUUUCAGCCAUUCUUACUGGAUGUAAAGAACUAUGACAUUACUCUUGGUAGGCCCAAAAUGGCUGCUUGGAUUGAGGAGAUGAACAAAAUUGAGGGUUACAAGCAAACAAGACAUGAUCCACGCGAACUAGUUGAAAGUUUGAAGAAACGCCUUAUGGCUCAGCUCUGAAGUAUGGUUUCUCAUUCAUCUGUGGCCUGGAGACCAACAGAUAAUUGAAAGAGAAACCAGAAGAAACUAUCUAAGAAGCAGCUAUGGAAAAAGAUGUAGGAAAUGGGCCAGAUGGAGGAGGGGCUGAGGAGGCGGAGCUCAGCCGCACCUCCUCCCCACCACGUUGAAAAAGAUGUCUUGGUCUUUUAGGUUUGAGAGAGAACCGAAAAAGAACAAGGAGGGCAGUCUACUUAUAAUUUCAACAUUACUUGAUCUCUGACAUCUUUACACUUUAUAACUUCAGAAAGAAUAUUGUUUGUAUAUGAAGAAAACAUCCUUUAAAAUUAUUAUAUGGGAAGAGUACAUCUCAAA